AAGUUCACCCCCGAGUGGCUGGAGAAGACGACCGAGUUCGUGGAGCGCGCCUUCCGCAUCCUCCCGCCGGGGCACCAGGCCGUGCUGUGCCCCUGCGCUCGCUGCCAGUUCAGGCUGUACAGACGGAAGGACGAGAUUCAGCUGCAUCUGUUCAAGAACGGGUUCGCGCCAGGGUACACGGUGUGGGUGUACCACGGCGAGCGCCACAAACCCGAGCCUGCUAAGCCCAAGCCGUCCGACGACCACCCCGGAGAGAAUGGCGGUCUCGACGGGAAGAAGGAUGGCGCCGGCGGUGGCGAGCAAGUGUCCAAGCCGCAGGGGACCAAGAAGUGGGCGUGUGCAAGAGGCAAGCUACCAAAGAAGGAUCAAAAGUGGGCGCGGGCUGCGGCGCAGGGAGAGGGAGGCCCGGCGAGGACGGCGGAGGACCGCAGCUGGAUGUACACGGGGCGCCUGAGCAGGCAGUCCAUCACCCCCGAGUGGGCGGAGAAGACGACCGAGUUUGUGGAGCGCGCCUUCCGCGGCGUCCCGCCGGACUUCGGCAUGCUGUGCCCCUGCGCGCGCUGCCGCAACCGCAACUGGAUACCGAGGACCAAGUUCGACAUGACGAUGGAUCUGGGCAGGAACGGGUUCAUGCCAGGGUACACGGUGUGGGUGCACCACGGCGAGGGCCACAACCCCCAGCCUGCCAAGCCGUCCGACGACCACGGGAAGAGGGAUGGUGGCGCCGGCGGUGGCGAGCAAGUCUCGAAGCCGCAGGAGACUAAGGAGUGGGAGAUUUCCCAUCUUGAGGCGUAUGCAAGAGGCCGUCUACCAAAGGGGACUGAUCAAAUGGAGUGGACCUACCAGAAAUACCUGUGGGAGCAAAAGAAAGCCAAGCUGCAACAGCAACAGCAACAGAGUGAACCAAAGGCAAAGAGGCUGCUCACGUUUGCUGAAGAGGAAGGGAACAAUGUCAGCGUUCCGGAUCCUGAUGAACCAGCGACAACAGCUGAUGGCCCUGUAGCUAAUCCGGCAACGACAGCUGAUGGAGUUCAGAUCCCAGCUGGACCGACGGCUCGUCCCAAGCGCAAGGCAGGCCCGCCCGGGUGGCAUUCAGGUUCAGACUGGGUCAAUUGACCCAUGUAACGGCUACCUAGUUUAAAUAGCCCCCAUGACCUACUGAUGUACUUGGCGGAUAAGAAA